AUGAAAAUAUCAUGGCUCGUUGCGCUCUGCGCAAUUGCCUUGUUUACAAUAAUCGAGGCAAAACCUUGGUGCACUACGUGUGACGAAGAAGACAGUGGCUAUGAAGAAGAAAGAGGUGGGCAAGGUGUCAGCUAUGGCCAUCGCGGCUAUGGUGGUAGUGGUUAUGGCAAUGGUGGCUAUGGUGGUGGCGGCUAUGGUGGUGGUGGCAAUGGUGGAAACGGUAUUGGCGGAGACGGCUAUGGCAGUGAUGGCAAUGGCGGUAACGGUUUUGGCGGCGACGGCUAUGGCGGUAACGGUAUAGGCGGCGACGGCUAUGGCGGAAACGGUAUAGGCGGCGACGGCUAUGGCGGAAACGGUAUAGGCGGCGACGGCUAUGGCGGAAACGGUAUAGGCGGCGACGGCUAUGGCGGAAACGGUAUAGGCGGCGACGGCUAUGGCGGAAACGGCUACGGUGGAGACGGCUAUGGCGGAAACGGCUACGGCGGAAACGGCUACGGCGGAGACGGCUAUGGAGGUGGUGGCUACGGAGGUGGUGGCUACGGAGGUGGUGGCUACGGAGGUGGUGCCUUCGGAGGUGGUGGCUAUGGAGGUGGUGGCUACGAAGGUGGUGGCUAUGGAGGUGGUAACUAUGGUGGUGGCGGCUAUGGCGGUGGUGGCUACGGAGGUGGCGGCUAUGACCCUCCAUGC